UAGUUUCGCCGCUAAUGAGGCAGAGCUGCGGUCUCCUAGCAUGGAUCUUGCCGAGAGCCCGGGGCCCAGCGCGCCCCGCCUACCCCCCCCGCCCCCGGGCCGCCCGCCCCGCCCACCUCGCCGCUCCCGCCGCCCCCUCCGCCGCGGCCUCCCGGGCCGUCCCCGCCGCCCCCAGGACCUGGCGCUGCUGGCCGCCGUGCUGGGGGCGCUGCUGGCCGUCGCCACCCGCAGCUUCGUGGGCUUCAGGGAGUUCCAGGCCGAGGCGCUGCGGGAGGCAGCACAGAAGUUUCUGGGGGAAGAUGGAUUCUCUCUCUUCUCCUCCUUGGACAGAGACAGAGACAUGUACAUCAACCCUGAAGAGUUCAAGCGUGAUGCGAAGAGACUGAUAGCAGCCACAUCUAUCAGCAUCCUUGAGGAGGAAGUGUCUCAGAACUCUCCACUUGACCUCAGUGAGGAGAAAUUCUCUAUCAUGGCAAGAUUUCAGCCACUGCUCCCAAAAACUAUGUACAAAAGCAAAGAUGGAUUCCUGCACGUUUCUCAUCUCACUCUAUCUGGACUUCGAAAUUGGACUGUCCCUGAUGUAGUGCUCCACUUGUUCUCAGCCCAAAAGUUCUUCAUCUUCCUGCCACCAAAAGAGGAUUUGAAGCUGGGUGAGCCUUGGUGGAUUAUCCCCAAUGAGGUGAAACAUCUCCCUUCCACUCGCUUCUAUCCACCAAGAUCCAAAAGAAAAGAGGACUUGAUCUUUAAACUCCUGAGCAUGUUCCACCCAAGACUCUUUGUGAAGACCCGAUUUGGUCCUCGGGGCACAGUGGCCUGCCUUAUGGCCAUCAGCGACCUCUACUACACAGUGGCCUUCAGGAUCCAUGCUGAGUUCCAGCUCAAUGAACCACCCCUCUUCCCCUUCUGGUUCUCUCCAGGACAGUUCACUGGACACAUCAUUCUCUCCAAGGAUUCCUCCCAUGUCCGUGACUUCAAGCUCUUUGUGCCCAAUCACAAGCCUCUGAAUGUGGAAAUGGAUUGGCUUUACCAGGGUGAAGAAAAUGGCAACCCCAAGACCAAAAUGAACAUGGAUAUUGGCUAUCUCCCUCAGAUGGAGCUAGAGUCUUGGGGACCGUCAGGAUCAACUGAGAUUCACAAGAAGGGCAAAAUAACCUACAGAAGACCCUCUGAGCAGUCCAGCCAGUUUGUCUUUGAGGACAUUGUGUGGCAGAAGGAGAUAAGCUGGGAGAAGGCAGUCCAGAGGCUAAAAGUUGCCAUGUAUCCCUUCUUGAAGGUCACUUACCUGCCUCUUAUCAAAGCAUUUGAACGAGCCAGGAUUGAAAAAAAGCUGGUGCACUCCAUUGUGCUCUGGGGAUCCCUGGAUGAUCAAUCCUGCUUUGGUCCUGGGAAGUGUCUGCGAGACAAAGUAUUAGGAAAUCCUUUCAUCCUCAUGCUUCUCCGGAAGAAUUUUAUCAGCAGCUGGUCUCAGGUGCAUGAGCUGAUUGAGAUUCAGAACCAAGAUAAUAAAUCUCACAAAAAGUUGGCCGAACUCCUCCUGGAAAAGUACAGCGAUCAUGUGAUGAUCCUUCUCUGCCUCCCCAAUGGGACUGUGGUCCACCACAUAAGUGCUAAUGAGCUGUGCCAAGUCUCAAAGGAAAGCAGUGGUAAACAACUGAACUCAGUAACGAUGUAUGAACAGUUCCUGCAGAAAGGACUUUCUCAAGCUCAGCCCUUUCUUCAAAGAAAGCUUGGAGGUUUCUUUUAAAGGAAUAAUGGGCAGGGCAGGGCAUUCCCUCAUAGCCUGGGAUUCAGAGAAGAAAAAGUUAUAAACCUCAGUGGAAACCCCAGGUGUACCUUUGCCAUCUCCUACUGAUGUCUAUAAUCUCCCAAGACUUGUUUUCUUAAGAUGGUCUGAGCCACAUCUCUAGUAGCACCUCUGAGCAUUGUACCCUAAACCUGCUCUCCUCUCCUCUCUUCACCAAUUAUUUUAAUAUUCUAUGUUUCUAAGGUUCGUAUAAUUGUAGCAUAUAUUGGUUAUAAGAUAAUUGUUUAAAAACAAAAAUCUAAUAAAGUAGACUUCUCUUUAUCUAUUUUCCUAGGAUCUAAUUAUCAGUUGUCCUCUUUCCAAUCUGUUGAUGCUUCCUUAGCUUUGCUUCUGGAUGGAGUGAAAUUUUUUUUUAAAUAAUGUUAUAAUAUUUGGGCCUUUUGACCUUGAGGCCAUUAUGACAGUCUCCCCUUAGGUGAAGUUAUAGAAACUAUACAUAGAACCAAUAGUUAAUAUGUAGACCUGAUAGACUUGAGGCCAUCAUGAGUCUCCUUUAAGAGAGUCUGUAAGCUUAUAGAACAUACUCAGAGAAAAAUACUGACAAUAACAUUUUUGAAGGUUAGCAAAUUUUGUUUCCACCAGUUUGUUUUUCUCCCUGCUUUGCAAACCCCAAAAUGUUUUCCCUGACCCCUGAGUUCAGCCAGCUCCAGAGAGUCACCCCUUCCUGCUAAAGACCUGUGUCUCUGGGUUCCCCAUAUAGCACUGCCCUUAUGUGAGCUACCUGUGUGUUAGUUAGUGAGCAUGUAUGAAUUAUAUAUCAGGUCUUCCUUUUUUCUUUUCCCUGCUCCUCCUUCCUGACUGCUUGCAAUAAAAUUUUAAAUUG